AUGUGGAGGAGGCAGGAACUGUCAUCUGUCCAAUACCACCAGAGGAACUGGAAGAUAGUGCUGUGGGUAGGGGCCUUUCUACUAACCCUGGUGGAGGGGGUGUUCUCUGAGGAGGACCUCAAGGAAGCCCACACUGAGCAUCUCCGAGCCCAGGAGAGGACCACCGCUGCUGGGGCCUGGCUCCCAGACCACUACCCAGAGGUCCACGAGCUGGGAGAGAGCAGGCACGGCCAUGGCCAGGCCUCCUGGCCCAGUUUGUUUGAGAACCGCAGUCUGGUGAAUGAUGGAGAGAGCUACCCGGGCAGGUGGCAACGUUCGCCCCCAGACCCCUCCCGAAGAGGCUCCCGCAAGAAGCCCAAGAACAGCAGCCGGGACUGCCGCAUGGAGAAGAAGGAGAUGCGUGUCAGAGACCUGGGCCUGGGCUUUGACUCCGAUGAGAUCGUCCUGUUUAAGUACUGUAUGGGGACGUGUUUGAGCUCCCGUAAGAACUACGACUUGGCCCUCAAGGCCCUGACAGAGAAUGGAAGUAUCUCCAGCAGGAAAGUGAGUGCUCACCCAUGCUGUAGGCCCACCCGCUACGAGACUGUCUCCUUCAUGGAUGCCCAGACUAUAUGGCAAACCAUCAAGUGGCUGUCCGCAGCUAACUGUAGCUGUGUGGGGUGA